AUGUUCCGACUCUUGCGGGCCUACCGAUACUUUUACCGACAGGUGUCUGGUGGCGCAGACUGGGACGCACCGGUGCCGUACAUCCAUCCGAAGGUGCUCGAUGAGCUUAGCCGCAUCUCGAAUGAACUGAUCAAGAACCAGUGGUGGCGCAUCGACCCACCACGACAUGCCGACUACAACAACGACUCGUACGAUAUCGUUGCCUAUACGGACGCCUCCCGCGAAGGAUGGGGAGCCGUGGUGCACUUUCAGUUCACGGGCGAAGUGACUACGUUACAGCAGCGUUUUGUCACCCACCACCAGCGUCCGUUUUACAAGGGACAGCCA